UCGCUGGGUCGGUUUCUCCAUCUCACUCAAGUCUCUCUCUGUAGAACUGAGUCUCUCUCUCUAAAAACUCAGUCGCCUGGUUCCUCUGUUCUACAAGUUUUUACCCGCAUAACGCUUCUCCCUCCCGCCAAAAAGGCCCAUCCUUUCCGCCUGGCUCCAAGCUCUCGUCUCUCUCUUCCAACUGCCCAAGACCCAUCUCUCUCUCUCUCUCUCUCAUUUUGUGGUAACUGGGAAUAAAUUCCAAUCCCUUCUCUAUCUGACAUUUUUGAUUGCAGGGAACAAAAUCCAAUCCCUCUGUCUCUCUCUCUCCCCCUUUUCGAUAACUAAGAACACAACCCAAUCCCUCUCUCUCUGGCCAUAAUAAGAUGGUGAACGCGUUGAGCUCUGGCGGGUCAGCAAAGCUGGUGCUGAUAACGGGCGUUAGCAGAGGGCUCGGGCGCGCUCUCGCUCUAGAAAUGGCCAAAAGGGGCCACACCAUUGUUGGGUGCUCCAGAAGUCAGGAAAAGCUCCAUUCUCUCUCUACCCAACUAUCGCCUGAUGAUCCUUCCAAGCAUCUUUUCGUGCUUGCCGAUGUGAGGUCGGAUAGUAGUGUGGCGGAGUUAGCAAAGGUCAUGGUGGACACCAAGGGUAUACCUGAUAUAAUAGUAAACAAUGCUGGUACUAUCAACAAAAACAACAAAAUAUGGGAAAUUUCUUCGGAGGAGUUUGAUGCUGUCCUUGAUACUAAUGUGAAAGGUACAGCCAACAUAUUACGUCACUUCUUGCCCUUUAUGAUACAAAACAAGAAAGGGCUCAUUGUUAACUUAUCCUCUGGUUGGGGAAGGUCUUCAGCUGCAGAGGUUGCGCCUUAUUGUGCUUCGAAAUGGGCUAUUGAGGGUCUGACAGGUUCAGUAGCUAAGGAGCUGCCAUUUGGAUUGGCAGUUGUUGCACUUAAUCCUGGUGUAAUAAACACUGAUAUGCUUGCCUCUUGCUUUGGUUCUUCUGCCGCUGUAUAUCCAUCUCCAGAAUCAUGGGCUCCAAAUGCUACUACUUUGAUACUAGGUCUUACUGCACAAGAUAAUGGUGCAUCUCUUACAGUCUGAUAUCCGGGGCCCACAACAAAAAAAAAAAAAAGGAAGAAGAAAAAACGAAUAUUUGAAGUAGCAUGGACUGUAUUUCUAUGUAUAUUUAGGUGUACAUUUUCUAUUGAUGAUCACAAGUUGGAUGAUAUCUUUGAAUUCUAAAAAUGAACUAUCCCUUUCGAUUCCAUUCUCAAAAUGAACUAUCCCCUUCGAU